UUUCUGGACUGUCGAUAUCUUUGGGUGGCCCUCAUUUUUUACUUUCAAAAUUCUUAAAUUCGGCUGCGGAACUAAAAAGGAGAAUUCUGGCUUCUUAGCCUUAUGAAAUGGCAUUCUGAAUGAUUUCUUUAGAUAAUUUCUCGAGCUCCUGAAUUACAGCGCAGAAAUUUUUUUUUCGGAAAAUCCUAAAAAAAUUUUGCUGCGCACUAGAUGUGACUGAAAUGGGCGAGUAGUUUGUUGAAAGUUUUUGGGCUUUUUUUCAUAGAAAUGAUUGAAACCGAGAAGGCGGUUGCAAUAUUUUGUUUAAUUUAUUGUUGAUUUUCGUCAGAAUUUUGUUAAUUUAGAAUAUUUAAUUAUUAUUUUGAAUAAUUUGUGAUUAAUGUACAUUAAUUAAUGGAUGAAAACGAUAAAUGGUCACAGCGAAGGCUGCGGCAUUGUGUACAAUAUGGAAUUAAACCUGACAUUCUUGCGGAAAAAUUAUGUUCAAUAUCGAGAAAUGGAGUUUCACAUACAAACGAAGAGGAUGAUUCGACAAAACGACCUCAUGCACACUCGACGCGGUCAAUUAAAUCAACAGCUACAGCUCUUUCGAGAACCCGAUCACUCGAUCGAACACAUAUCAAUAGGGAAUGCUUCCUUGAAAAAAGAGAAAGUGUUCUAGGAAUGGCUUGCAGAGGAUUAAAUUCUGUUGUUACAGGUGAUUUAUUUCGCCAAAUUCAAGAAGGUAAUUCUUCAAAGAGGGCUACUGUUACAAGGAUAUCUACUUGCGUAUCUAUACGAGACAAAGAUAGAUUGCCAGAUGUUUUUAACAGUUUCCCUUCUAAUCAAAAAAGUCUUCGAUGUGAUUUAAGUUUGGGUAUAAAUAAUACAGCAACAAACACUUGUUUAUUAAAUGAUGUUGAAAAUAAUCAUCACGACCUUGAGCAUACAAAAUCUUUAAAUUUAAUCUCAAACAAGUCACAGAAACAGAUGGAUUUGGACGAUGAAGACCUUAAUGGAAUUAUAUUUAUUGAUGUACCAAAUAAAACUACUUCGAGCAUUGAUAAUAACGAUCGUCAGGAGAUUAUUACAAAUUCACUUUCACCCGAUUUUUGUCAAAUUUCUAAUCGGAAUGGAAAUACUCACGACAUGGAGUUAAACAAUGUAUCCAAACUUCAUAAAUUUACAAGUUUGUUUGGAAGCGGAGAGGACAGUGUUUUAAGGUUUCGGGCAUUUAGAAAGUUUAACUUUACAAAGAGAAUUACAAAUGACUCAAUUGAAAAUAGCCGAAGGAAAAGAUUACCAAUUUAUGGACAAUAUAUUUCUGAUCCUCUUUUAAUUGUAAAAUUAAAAGAUUAUUCCUGUGAUUAUAGACCUUGUUUUACAUAUUGGAUUAGCACAGUUCAUGUUUUUGUUUUGCUCUUUAUGGUUUUAAAUUUUGGAAUUGGAACUGAUUUUUUAAAUAUUUUUUAUAAUCCUUUUGGUGUUAUUGAACGUAGUGGAAAUGUAAUGACUUCAUCUCUUUCUGCUGCACAUAUUGUUGUUUGGGAGCAAAAUAAUAUUUGGAUAGGACCAAAAUAUUCAGAUUUAGUUCAUGUUGGUGCUAAAUACACACCUUGUAUGAGAAGAGAUCAGAAAAUAUAUGAACAAAUAUUGCGUGAAAGACGAAUAGAAUCAGAAACAACUGGAUGUUGUGUUGGACCUUGGGGUUGUUAUCAAACAUCUGAAUGCCCGAAACAAUUUGCUCAACAUAUAAAAUGGACAAAUGGAACAUUUCCUGAACGUUUUAAUUUUCGUGUUGCUUGUGGGCAAGAUCCCCGUUAUUGUGUAAAACCCCGUUCUGUUCAUCCAUUUCUUUGGGGAAUCGACUUGAUUGACUGGCCUAUUUGUGAACAAAAAGCUUCUUCAAUCCCAGCAACAAUCAAACACAUGCAGUGUGAAGUGACUGGACGUCCUUGUUGCAUCCAAAUGCAUGGACAGUGUAGAAUAACUUCUAGAGAAUAUUGCGAUUUUGUUGGAGGUUAUUACCAUCCAAAUGCAGUACUUUGCUCACAGGCAAUCAGAAUUUUCCAAUACUUUUUCUAA